AUGGCCGAGUCCGCCAGCAACAACAUCAGCAGCAGCGGCGGGUUCAGCAACGCCACUGCUGGCAGAUACCCGCCAGACCAGACCUACGGGAUCUUCCUCUGCCGUGGCGACAUCGAUGCCUCGACAUGCAGCAACUGCGUAGCCACCCCAGCCAAGAUAUUGGCCGGCGAUGCCCCGGUGAACGGUUUGAACGUCACAGAGGACCCAUCAGGGUUCUUUCAACUCCUGAAUGAAACCAUGGACGAUGUACUGCGGAGGGCCCCGAGCAGUGGAUCGGGGAAGAAAGUGGCCGCCGCAGAGGCUGAGUUCGUGGGCUCGCAACGGCUGUACACGCUCGCGGAGUGCACGCCCGAUUUGACCGCAUCGGACUGCGGCACAUGCCUUCGGUCGGCGAUAGCUCGUCUCCGUCCGGAAACGCCAGGAGGAAGGUAUUUACUCCGAGCUGCAACGUGA